CUCUACCCCCAAGAUCCGCGCUGCCAGCGGUAAGAUGGAGCCCUUUAAACCUGAACCCGAGCUCCAGCAGUUUUACCACCAGUUGCUGCGUCCGCUGUCGCUCUUCCCACGCAGGGAGACACGCCCAGAGUCUCAGAAGCCCCUCCCGCAGGAGGUCCCUAUGCUACUGCCCUUGCCCGUCUCGCGGCUGACCGUGGCAUCACUGUGCCGCCAGGUGGCCCAGCGGCUGGCCCUCAGCGGGUUGGCAGAGCGGAUGCCUCCCGAGGGCCGACUCCGUUUCACAGAGGUCAUCCUGAACGAGCUAAAGUGCAGCUGGCGGGAGCCUCCCGCUGAACCCAGUUUGAGCCACUUGGACAACCAGAGGCUGCGAAAGCGGCUCCUGGUCUACGUCCUGCUCAGCUGUGAGCACCUUUUCUUACGCUACCUGCACCUGCUGAAGACCAUGUCGACCUCCUCAGAUGUCUUCACAGAAUCAGCCACGCUCACUCGUUUGGCCGCCAGCCUCGCCAGGGACUGCACAAUCUUCCUCACCAGCCCCAAGGUCUACCGUGGCCUGCUCUCCGACUUCCUCGCCCUACUGAAGGUAGAGCAGACCCAGGACAGAACAUACAAACUGCGCUCUGUUGGGCCCCCUGGGGCUUUUAAGCCGUGGCCUCACAGCAUCGACUUUGCCCAAGGGUCAGGCAGCACCCUCAAUCUGAGCUACCUUAUCCAACUCAGCCGCCCGCCAGAAGUUUUCAGUGAGCCUGAACCGGAUCCAGUGAAGGAAUUGGAAUCCAUCCCGCACCUGAAAAGGAGAAAGCCUCUCCCCUGGCUGCCCGCCAUGCAAAGCAAGAGAGAAAGCAGCUUCAGUUCCUCACAGAUUGUGUCACUGCCCAGAUACUCUGUGGCUCCCACCAGCGAGUCUUCCCCCACCCCCCAUUUGCCUCUCUACUCCCAUCUCCAGAGGGGCCAGUCCAUGCCCUCUCUGCGUGAGGGCUGGAAGCUAGCAGAUGAGUUGGGCCUUCCUCCACUCCGGCCUCGUCCCUUAACCCCGCUGGUCCUGGUUGCAGAGAGCAAACCAGAGGUGGCAGGGAACACAGUAGCUGAGGACCUGAAGCAGAUAGUGAAGAACAUGAAAUUGGAGUGGACUCGCUACUCACCGCUGGACUCAGGGCCCCUGCUCCUGGGGGCCCUGACCCACUGCCCAACUGCAGCACAUCGCGUGGAAGAGCUGCAGAGAAUGCUGAAGGAGGAACAAGAAACCUCUGGACAGUGGGGCCCCAAGUCCCCCCAACCCCUUCUACUUCAUCCACAGCCAGUGACUGUUACUUUGAAGCUAAGAAAUCAGGUGGUGGUCCAGGCAGCUAGUGUACAGGUCUCUGAGAGAAAGUUUUUGGAUUCCUUCCACAUUGAGGGGACCGGAGUCCUAUACAACCACCUGGAUGGUGAACUGGAAUCCAAAGUAAUGGAGGAAAUGGAUAUUGAUCGCUUUGUUGGUAAUAGCAUCAGGGAGGUCUACAAGGAGUUGAUGAGCCAUGUCUCUCUUGACCACUUCUCUUUUGACCAGGGACCCAUGAUUGAGCGUGCAUCCAGUAGAGAUUGGUCGAAGUUCCUGACCUCAGCUUUUCUACGUCAAGAAAAACAGUAUUGUGUCAUCAACCCCAAGCUGGUUGGACUUUAUACCCAGAGAGCAAACACUUUGCAGUCGAACUCGGAGAGAACAUCUUCGCUCACAUCACCCCAAACAAGCAAAGGCUGGGAGAGGAAGUCAAGUAAGGCCUCGUGGAUGAAGAGGUGGAAAACCUCCUUGUCCGUGGAUGACUACUUCAAAUACCUCACCAACCAGGAGACAGAUUUCCUCCAUGUCAUCUUCCAAAUGGUUGAAGAGGAGGUUCCUGUGGAGAUGGUGGCCCCCGUCAGAGACUCCGUAAAGAUUCAGCACCCACCUCCCUUGCUAGAAGAUGAAGAGCCAGACUUUGUGCCAGGAGAGUGGGAUUGGAACACAGUGCUGGAGCACAGGCUAGAAACUAAAGGGACCAACCUCCUGGAAGAACCCCACAAAAUCCAGAGCCUGCAGAAGCGUCUGGAAUGGUUGUGGUCCCUGCUUGAGGUCCCCCACAAGGACCGGCUGGACAUGGCCAUCAAGUACAGCUCCAAUGCCCGUCUGAGGCAGCUACCUUCAUUGGUGAGUGCCUGGGAGAGGGCCCUGCAGUCCAUUCAGCUUCGGGAGAUGUUGCUAGGGAAACUGGAGUGGUUUGAGCAACAGGCCUCUGACCCCAACCGUUUCUUCCAAAAAACUGGCAUGGGUCUGAGUCGCUUCCUGGAGGAGAAUCAAAUCCGCAACCAUCUACACAAGAAGCUUAGUCUAAUGGAGGCAACUUUGGCUUCACUUCUGGAGGAGAUUGAGUUAAUCUUCAGUGAGCCAGUGACCUUCAAGGGGCGGCGCUACCUGGACAAGAUGAAGCGCGACAAAGUGGAGAUGCUGUACUGGCUGCAGCAGCGGCGGCGGGCACGCCACCUGGUCCGGGCCCAGAAGGCUUCCCAGCAGUCAGCCGUGUUCAGGAGGCUCAGCAGCCAGCCUUUAAUAGCCCCUGGGAAUAGUCUCAUUACCUCUGACCAGGCCAAGUGCCCUCACGUUCCUCCCUCACCCCCCGACAGCCAGCAGCUCAUCCAGACCUCGUGAUUGCUUUGGAAGAAGAAAUAACUGGGAGUGCAGGUUUCAGAGCACUGUGCUUCCAACUACCAAGGGACUGAGAUUAACACUUUAGUUUGACAAUGAAGUUCUCAUAAAAGAACCCCCAAGCCCAGUACUCCCAUUUAUGUCAAGCUAAGCACAAUGCAGUCAAAAUCUCAUAUAUCAAAAGAACUGAGACCAUCCCUUGGAGUUUAUUAUAGUGGAAAAUAUCAGACGGAGGCACACCAUCACCUUUGGAAUACCUUGGCAUUUCUAUCACGCUACAUUAAAUCGGCUGAUAGGCUCUGUGGCAUAAUGGUUAACAGCUAGGGCUCUGGAGUUAGUAGAUGUGGGUUUAAAUCCUGGCUGUGUAACCUUGGGCAAAUUACUUAUCUGUUCUGCACCUGGGCCAUCAUAGGUCAGAUGAAUGGGUUGGGUCCAGGUUGUCACUUCUUCCAGUUCUAGCAUACUAUUGAUAGAGCUAAAAAUUAUUAAAUUUUUACCAAUUUAUACAAGCACAUGGUCCAAAGCACACAAGGGUAUGUCCUGAGAAGUAAGUCUCCUUUCUAACCCUACCUCCAGUAUCUCAGUUCCCCUUCCUGGGGGUAACAACUGUUACCAGUUCCUUGUGUAUCUUUCCCUUAUUCAGCAAAUAAUUGUUGAGUACCUACUAGGUAGUGUAUGCCUGGUCUAUAUCACGAACAAAACAAAGACCCCUAUCCUUUGUAGAGUUUACAUUCUACUGGGGGGAAACAAACAAUAAACAAUAAACGUAGUACCUAAGAACAUUGACUAAUAGAAUGUUAGAGGGUGAUAAGUACUGUGGAAAAAGAACAAGUAGAGUGGGGUAAGAGGAAACAAAGGGCGAGGGACAUAGUUUUAAUUAGGGCAGUCAACGGAGGCCUCACCGGAAAGGUAAGAUUUGAACAAAGGCUUGAAGGAGGGGAAGAAGUGAGCCCCGUGGACAUCUGAGACGACAACUUUUCUGACAGCCAUUUCAAAGUCCUAAAUUAACCGGAUGCCUGGGCUGUCAGAAAAGCAAGGGGGCCAGUGUAGGUGGAGCAGAGCGAGGGGGAGACAUGAGCUGGAGGGUUCAUGACAAGGUGCCAAGGGGCAGGUUAGAUUGUGUAAGGCCUUGCAGACCCUUGUAUAAACUAGUUCAGAGAUAGCCAAUGCAUAUGAGCAUAUAUAUGUAUGUAUGAUCUAUGCAUGUUUAUAACCACACCAAUGGUAACAUGCUGGACCUCUGUUUUGCUGCUUUUUUCACGUAGCAUGCCUUGAGCUCAUUCCAUGUCAAUACACAUAGCGCUGCCUUAUUCUUUAUGAUAGCUAUAUAGUAUUACACCAUGUAUUUUUAUUUAACUAGUCCCUUAUUAUUGGACAUUUACAAACAAAAACAACACUCUAAAAAUGGCCUUGUUCAUCUAUUUAGGAUUGCAACUAUUUCUAUAGUUUAAAUUCCUGGAAGUGGAAUUACGUCUAAGCAUAAGCAUUUGUAAUUUUGCUAGAUAUUACUGGUUGCCCUCCACAAAGGUUGUAACAAUUUGCGUUGUCAUCAACAUUGGAUGACUAUACUUCUUUGCCCACUCUCAAUAAUAGUGUUACCACAUUUUUAAUCUUUAUCAUCUAGUAGGUGAAAAUUGGUAUCUUAUUUGAGUUGUGUUCUCAUUUAUGAGUGAAGUUGCAUCUUUCACAUGUUUAUUUUUUUUCCUCAAUUUUGCUGUGAACCUACCUUUCACAUGUUUAAAAGCUAUGUUUCCUUUUCUGUAAAAUGCCCAUGCCUUUUGCCCACUUUUCGAUUGGUUUGACUAUUUUGUGUUCUUGGUUUUUCAGUGCUCUUUGUAUAUUCAGGAAAUUUAGCUAACACAUUAGUCAUUACCUUGGGCAGAACACUUUCCCUGCACGAUUCCUUAGACUCCUCACCACCUGUGAGGUUAUGUAUUUUAAUCUCCAUUUUACAGCUGAGGAAAUGAAGGCUCAGGUAAGUAAAGUAACUUGCCCAGGGUCAUAAAGGUAGUAAGUUGGUGAGCCAGGACUGAAGCCUAGGUCUUUCUGACCCAGAAGCCUACAUGUGUCUUCUUGGUGUACGGAUUCUGUGAGAUAUGGUAAGAGAGCUCUUAAACAUGGCCUGCCUCACCUGCUGGCACAGGUAAUAUGAACACUUCAGCUCUCCUCCAUUCACCAUUUGCUGGCAUAUAAACUUCUUUGUUUGGUUUUUCCAAUAAAACAGCAUUUCCCAAACUUUUUCACCCAAGUACUUCUUAGAAUGGAGGAACAUAACAAGCAUCUUG